UGACUACGUUCGGCAGAGCUUCUCUCAUAAGGAAGUGUAGUUACGCCUAGAUAGAUAUUGCGAUCCAAUAAUUACAUUCGUAAAGGAAGAUGACUGCUCCCCCCAUGGGUAGCAGACCUGCCCUGAAACAGCUGGACGAGGCUCCGAGAGAGAUGAUGUACACGCUGAUCGGAAUCGCCGUAGUUGGUGUUGCUGGAAAUACAUACGCGGGAGUCGUGUGGUCGUCCGACAAGGAAAAGGCGUCGACGUCGUUGUACCUGACGGUUCUGUCGUGCUGCGACAGCGUGUUCCUGCUGUCAAAGACUGUCGGGCUGCUGUUGAUGUUGACCACAGGCGUGGAGUCUUCGCUACAGGAUCACGGACGCAUCCUCGUUGGCGUCAUGUCCGUAACGAAAUUCACGGUGUACGGGACAGCGUUCCUUACCGUCAUCGUGACGGUAAACAGGUGCGUUGCGCUGUUCAAACCGAUCAGGUACGUGAGCCUGUGUUCGAGAAAAACAGCUAAAAUCUUGCUGACCGUGGUGCUGUUCUCGUGCUGUUUACUCACGCUCCCAGAGGUCUGGAAGGACGUGGAAGCAACCAGUGUGCUCGUCAACCAGGACGACGCUUCAAGAUGGAAUUCGUACCAGCAUCUCGACACUGUGUGCUUCGUUCUCGAGAGUCUCAUCAUAUACACUGUGCCCGCUGUUCUGGUUCUGGUUUUAAACAUCGUCAUGUUCGUUGCGCAGAAGUCCCAUAUUGCGGUGUACCAGUCUAGCGGAUUGAGGGCGACACGGAGGAAAAAGCCAAUAGACUCCAUCGUGGCUCUAGGCUUGAUGUAUCUCGUCUGCGUCAUCGUCAGCUACACUUUUCUGAACAUAACUUCUGGGAGACUUAAGUACUUCAUCCACUUUGAUACCCUCUCUCUGAGCGGGGAUGUCGGUCAGUAUGUUAAUGCGAGCGGUAAGAUCGUGUUCUACUGCGCAAUCAGUGAAAAGUUUACUGCGCUCAGGAAGUCAUUCGCUUGCAAGACCCGCAGCGGGAAAUCAAAAGCGAUAGACGUAAAUGACUACUACGUGACGGUACCAUGGUGGCUGGCGCCCACAGAGUCUGAGAUUCAUGAAGCUAAUUCGACUUCUAUUUCAUAAAGAAUGGUGUUCAUUUGUAACAUAAAAUUACCACCAACACCCCUAAAGAAGUAAAUAAAAGAAAUCACACACAUAAAACAAGCUACUUUCAUAAAACAUGAAAGUCGUUAGUAAUGCUGUGCUUUAAUUAUUUCACCUAAAAAUUUACCUAGGAACCCAAAAUUGUGUUUGUAUGUGAACUAGGGGGGGGGGGACAUAUUUGCCAUUUUGAAUUUUAAUAUGGCUGCGAUUUGUAACUUAAGAUGGUUGCCAUGAUUGGAUGAUGAACAAUUUCAACAUUGAAUUGAUGGAUUCCAAAAAUUAUGUUUCUGUUUAUCUGGAGUUGAAAUAUAUAUGUAAACAUUAUAUUAAAAUUGUAGUCAUUUUGAAUUUCAAGAUGGCUGCCAUGAUCAAGCAACACAUUUUUUAAAAGUUAAUUCACUGAGCUCAUAAAUGUAAACAUAAUUUCAAGAUUGCUGCCAUGAAUGGAUAUAUAAAACUAUUGCUACCUGUA